AUGAUUACCAUGAGCCCUGCAUCUUCAAACAUCACCAACAGCACUGGGGACUUUGACAACUACUGCACUGAGAUGCCGGCUGGUUCCAUUAUUUGGGCUGUCUUCAGUGUACUCUGUGGCUGUGUGGGCUUUCCUGCCAGCGUGUGGCUCCUGUGGGUGCUCGUCCAGAGGCAGCGCAGUGGGUUGACCAACGACACCUACAUGCUCAACCUCACCGUCAUGGACUUAAUCAUCAAUGUUUUAACAACACCUUUCUUGAUCAAUUACUUUGUGUUAAGGAAUGACUUUUUGAUGUCACUUGGCGAACUCCUGCACUGCUUUAGUGUAAUUGGAAGACCCCUGUUUAUGACAUGUAUCUGUGUGGACUGUUUCAUGGCUGUGGUUUACCCCAUUACCUACAUGAAGAUGAAGCGCUAUAGAUACAGACUGCUGUCUUGUGUAGCAGUGUGGGGUAUAACACUGUGCGUCGGCAUGAUCAAUGCCUUUAUUAUGCGGUCGUUUUCCCCUAUCUCUGCGAUUGUGUGCUUACCACUUAUUCCAACCAUUGCCAUAUGUGACUUUGCUAUCCUCUACACUUUGAGAAAGCCAGAUCCUUCCGGAAGGAGUGAGGUCCACCCACAGAAGCAGAGCGCUUUGCAAACCAUCACCAACAGUCUGGUCAUGACCUUGGUGUGCUACCUGCCUACAAUGACUGUGGGUCCUUUUUUGGUCUUCAUCCCCAAUGAUCAGUUUGUUUACUGUGUAAUCGGUUUACUUGUUUAUACUGCGCCGUUACUCGGUGGUAUUAUCAUGCCGCUGCUCCAACUGCACAGCCUGGGGAGGCUGAGGGGUCUGCUGUACUGCACACGUGACUCUGGCUCUCCAGAACAGCCAGACCAACGGCUUUAA